UAAACCUAGCCAGCACGCUGUAUAGAGUAUGUUUGUCCUGUGUAUUCGGAAUCCUGUCGACUUUCUAAACCCGUCUGUUAUUGUUAAGGGUUAGAUUUAUGUCUGUGUUGAAACUAAUUCUAUACAAACUUGAUUGUUGAUAUAGACAAAAGGAAGAGCAAAGAAUGAAGUGCCAUUACGAGGUUCUUAACGUCAAAAAAGAUGCGGAUGACAAUGAGCUGAAAGUAGCCUAUCGAAAACUUGCGCUAAAAUGGCAUCCAGACAAAAAUCCGCACAAUAUAACCGAAGCUACGGAAACCUUCAAACUAAUACAGCAGGCGUACGAGGUUCUAUCCAAUCCAGAGGACAGAGCUUUCUAUGACAAGCACCGUGAUAGCAUGCUGAAACGCAGAGAUGAGGCGGAAAAUGAGCAUUUCCUAGACGUGUACCAAUAUUUUACUGCUUCAUGUUACAACGGCUUCAAUGAUCACAUUGAUGGCUUCUACUCAGUGUAUAGAAAAGUAUUUGAAACAAUUGCGGAUCAGGAAGCACCAUAUGUCAACGAUGAAUUGGAAUUUGCAUGUUUUGGCGACAGCAAGUCGUCGUACAAAGAUGUUGUGCGACCAUUCUACCAGUUCUGGGAGGCGUUCCGCACAGGGCUAAAUUUCGAAUGGUUACAAGAACACGAACACUGCAAAGAAUACGGCCGGAAAGGCAACCGUUACAUUAUGAGGGAGAACCAGAAGAUUCGCGACGCUGCCAGGAAGGAACGGAACGAGCAGAUUCGGGGUCUAGUGGCUUUUGUAAAAAAGCGGGAUCGUCGGGUUAAGCUUUACCUUGCGAAAUUAGAAAAAGAACAAGAUGAACGUAAUAAAGCACAACAACAGAAACGAAAACAGGAGAAAAUGGAAAAACUUAGAAAAAUGGAAAAGUACAAGGAAGCAGAAUGGAUAUGGCCUGAGCAGAUCGAAAAGCAGUUAGCUGAACUUGAAUUAGAGCACGAACAAAGUGUCGAGGAGCAAGAUCCACUUUUCUGUAUCCCCUGCGAUAAGGCCUUUAUGUCAAUAAAAUCGUAUGAAAAUCAUGUGCGCUCGAAAAGGCAUAAGAAAAACGAGGCAUUGUUAAAGGACCUGAUCGAAGAAGAAGAAAAAGCUUUCAACAGGUGUGACAAUGCCUGCUCAAAUGGCGAAGUUGAAAUUAACGAUGAUAGUGCAGAGCAGAACCAUUAUUCAGACGAACCCGAAGAUCGUGAUGACACUAAAAACGAUGCCGAGGACAAGGGUCAGCCUGAGGCUCUAACAGAAACUUUUGAAGCAGACGGUACUUACGAGCCGGAUGCUGGCGAGGGCGACAGUACGGCACCAUUAGAGGAGAAUCGGCGGAAAAAUCGUAAGAAUAGAAAGAAAAAGAAAAACGCGAAGAUGUAUACCACGGUUCAACAAUAGUGUAACUGAAGACACUUGUGAGGCAUCCAAAGUUAUUAGCGACUGGUUGGAUUGAGCGUCGAAGAAGGAAGGUUUGAACCAAAGUGUGCCAGGAAGUUCGAGCAUAGGACAGGAUUUUGUUCAGAAGCCGGAACUCCCGGUAGAUUUCAAGGCCAAGAAGAAUAAGUAUGGUGUCUGUUUAUACCUAUUAUAUUGUGCCUGCUUUUUUUAUUAGUGUUUACUUGGGCAAUAGGCCCUUAUGAGAUAACUAACUGGGAGCUUAGUAAUUACCUGCAAAAGCAAUUUAAUAUAAUCAAGCCUUAUCUUGCUUUACUUGAUGAUUGAUUCCUGCUCAACAUUGAAAAUAAAUAUAUCAAGGAGGUAAAUGACUGUUGGAAACCUUUGAGCUUUUUAGAUGUAAUGAUAUAUUGUUAAUAUACUGCUCUAUUUCUCAAGGAAGAUUGUUUAGUAUUCUUAACGGCAGUAUCAGACGUCGUGCGAAUACAGGUAAUUCCAGUUUACCGGUCGUUAACAUAAACGAAAAAGUACCUUUUUGCUAAAUUAUCGAUAGUGUCCGUUUCCUGAAACCGCUAAAACGGCUCACAACUUCCAUGUGCCGACAAGAUUGCUUACUGUUGUGACAUACAUAAUUACAGAAUUUUUCACUUAUUAGGUGCGCAGUUAAAGCUUUAGUUCCGCUGAGGUUUGUUUUUUAUAUCGAUAAAAUACGCUGCUUUUUUGCUUUGAGCGCAAAUACGUCUAGUAGUUACUUUUUCCACAUAUAUAAUACCCGCGAACCAAUGUUUCACAUUUACGUCCAGGUCCUGCAAAAAUGCAUGAAAUACUUAUGGAGACGACAAGGACAGGAAAGUCCAGCUGCAACCGAUGAAAAGCGCAUUAUGUAAUAUAUGCUGGACAAAAUGUUCGAAAAUCUAAAAAGAACUGGUUACGCACAGUCUUUCGAAAACAGAGAAGUAAACCUCCACGAUAAGAGACCUAACUAGCUAAACGCAAUAUAAAAGAAAAACUUAUACUUUUUGAAUGAUAGUCUGCUUGACUGAUUGAGUAUUAGAAACUGCAACGGGCCUGGGCCGCUAACUGUCACCUUUAAUUAGAAUUUUUUUGUUUUUUUUGGAAGCUACCUGAGUCGCUAGAGACUCCUUCCAGCAUAAAUCAAUAGCAAGUAUGUAUUCCUCACGUUAUUUUGUUGGACUAAUGUAGGAAUGAGUAUUAAUUAAUCAUUGGCAAGGCGAUAUGAUAAUUUCGUGUAGGUAUAAAGGAAUGGAGAAUACCUAUUUGGCAUUGAACAUUAGGUACUUGCAAAAUUGUUGGUGUUAUAGCAUACGUGACCAACCAGAUGGCCGAGCGGCACUGUAAAUAAACUAAUAUUAUAACUA